ACGGCAACAAAGCAUUUUCGAAAAGCUCUUUACGCGUGAAUGAAUGCACACUCGUAAGAGGAGAUUCCAAAAAUCCUCUCAUCAUUCCUUUCGUGACAAACGGUUUUUCAUGUAACCCUCAAAAACGCAGCGUUUUCAUCCUGAACGUUUAUGAUUCACCGUAGCUAAUCCCCAUAAUCUUCUGGGUUGUUAAGCUCCCAAUGGACACUAAUGGAUUCUCUCGAACGAAUCAUCAUCACGAACCCAAAGGGAUCGAAGAAGAUCAUCAAUUCCACUCGAUGAACGCGCUCGAGAUUCUGAGAGAAACCGUCAGGAUCCUCCGCUACAACCUCGCCGCCUUCACCCUAACCUUACUCCUCCUGAUCUGCCCCGUCUCCGCGAUCCUCCUCCCCAACCUCCUAGUCGACCAAUCCUUCGUCAAUUCCCUAACCGUCCGCCUCCUCCUCCUCGCCAAAUCCUCCGGCCUCCCCCUCCUCCCCUUCGUCCGCAACUCCUGCCAGAAAUUCUCCGAGACCGCCGUCUCCUCCGCCGCCUGCUUCCCCCUCUUCCUCACCCUCUCCCUCCUCUCCCGCGCCGCCGUCGUCUACUCCGUCGACUGCACCUACUCCCGCCGCAAAGUCGCCGUCUCCAAGUUCGUCUUCAUCAUGCAGAGGCUCUGGAGGCGCCUCGUGGGAACUUACCUCUGCGUCUGCUUCGUCGUCGUCGUCUGUCUAACUUCCUUCUGCGUCUUCCUCGUCGCCGUCUGCAGCUCGCUCCACGUCCUCGGCUUCUCUCCCGAUUUCAACGCCUACGGAGCCAUCUUCAUCGGGCUGGGGUUCUCCGUGGUCUUCGCCAACGUGAUCAUCAUCUGCAACACGACGAUCGUGAUCUCGAUCUUGGAGGACGUCUCAGGCCCCCGGGCGCUUGUGAGAGCGAAUGAUUUGAUCAAGGGGCAGACGCAGGUGGGGCUGUUGAUAUUUCUCGGGUCCACGAUAGGGCUGGCGUUUGUGGAAGGGCUGUUUGAGCAUAGGGUGAAGAUUUUGAGCUAUGGAGAUGGGUCUUCGAGGGUUUGGGAAGGGCCGUUGCUUGUGGUGAUGUAUUCGUUUGUCGUGCUUGUUGAUACGAUGAUGAGUGCUGUUUUUUAUUUUAGUUGCCGGUCUUUUAGUAUGGAGGCUGUGGAAGCGCUUGAAGCUUCUGGUGAUGGUGUAGGAACUCAGCCCAUUAUGGAGAUGGUGUCUCAAGAUUUUUGAGAGUGUCUUUCAGAUUCUUUUUUACACACAUUUAAGUUUCGUUCUGUUUUUCUGGUUUCUAUACACAAGAGAGGGAGCAAAGCAUACUCCAAUCAUCAUUGGUUUUCAGGAGUUGUGGGCGAGUUAAGCUGCACUCAUUUCUACAGUUGCAGGGGUGAUCAGCAAACAGUUCUCACAUUUGGGUAGGACUUACGAUGUGAAUAAGUUUUGUUGGAUUUGGAUCUAAAGAGGGUGGAAAUAUCAGACAUUGUUCUUAGUGAGGAUGAUUCGAAAGGAUAUUUUUUUGUAGACUUAGUUAACUCUGUUUUUGGCAUAAAUCAUUUGUUUAAUUUGAUAUAUUUUUAUUUGUUUGAACA